AUGAGUUCGCAUCAUCAUCACGAUAAAUCUUGUUCUCACGACCAUUCACUAUAUGCUCAAAAUUUGGACGAAUUAGAUUUUCAAAGAUCAAUACAUAAUGCAUCUUUAACUUGUAAUAUUUCACAAGUAAGAUCAAUUAUUUCAAAGAAAGGUAGUGUAGUAGUGAAUCAAAUUGAUGCUGCUGGAUAUACUCCUUUGCAUUACGCAACUCGAAGUGGUAAUCUAGAAAUAUGUCGUCUUUUACUGGAACAUGGAGCAAAUGUAAAUGCUGUAACUCCAGAACUUUUAUCAACACCACUUCACCGUGCUGCUAUUAUCAAUAAUUCGGAAAUAGUUCGCCUUUUAUUAUCAUAUGGAGCUAAUCCAAAGCUAAAAGAUUCUGAUGGUCAUACGUCAUUAGACAAAGCUCGUAAAAAUGGAUCUGAGGAUGUUAUUUUAAUUUUGAAAAAGUCUGAUGAAACCGAUUAG